AUGUCGAUGACGGUGGUCUUUCAGAACGAACAAAACACCUCCCUGUACGCCACUGCCUGGACGCCUUCUUCCUCAGGCUCCUACGCCGGCACCUGCAUCUUCCUCCUCCUCCUCUCCGUCCUCCUACGCUGUCUCUUCGCUUUCAAGGCAGUCUGUGAACGUCGCUGGCGGGUUCGGCGUCGUCGUCGUCGGUUUAUUGCCAUUGCCGGAGAACAAUCCCAGUUGCAAUCACAACCAGAUGACGCCAAGAUCGCCGACGAGUCCGUUCGCGUGCUGGCUUCAAGGCCAGGUUCGGUUCCAGUUCCGUGGCGGUUGAGUGUGGAUCUACCGCGAGCGUUGAUUUUCCUGUGCAUCUCUGGGGUUUCUUAUCUAUUAAUGCUGGCUGUUAUGACUAUGAAUGUGGGCUACUUCUGUUCAGUGCUGGCAGGGGCUUUCCUGGGGGAUCUGGCAGUUGGACGAUACAUUACAGACGAUGACCAUUAA